AUGCCCGCUCCGUCGCCCUUUCAGCAACACGUUUCUUCUUUCCCGCAGCAAUUACAGCACCAGCUUUACCAACUGCCGCUCAUGCCGGUCGCGCAGCAGUCGAUCCCGCGCGGGAUCGAUUCGCACGGCAUUUCCGCAAAUCCCGCCGACCGUUGCGGGCUGCAUCUGAUUCGCGGCGACGCGUUCGACCUCCGGACGCAAGACCCGUCGACCACGGCCGUAGUAUCGCCCGCUGACGUGGCUGGUGACGUGUCGAUUUCAUCCUCGAUUCGCCUAGCGGAUCUGAUAUCCGACUAUCUUGAAGAUUGCGAUGAGGAUGGCGACGCGCUCGACGGCUUGACGACUCUGAGAACAGAGCGCAGCGCGCAGGCGCAGUUCCACGAAUCCCGCGCAGGAACAGCAACCUUUCUGCCCGCCACGAACCCCGCGCGCUCGAACCUGGGAUCGCAGGGCGAGGAGGCGAAUCAACGUCUGUCAGCAGAUUAUCUGGACAUGCAGAUGCAACUGACGGAGCAGAGUCAACUUCGCAUGGUUCAGUCGCUCGCAGCCAUGGAUGGCCCCGUCGAAAGCGCCCUCUACGCUGACGUCAUCGCAGCGAUGACCGACGCGCGCACGUGCCACGUGAACGACCUGCGCGGGAGCAGCCUGAACGCGGCGGUCGCAGGGCGACUGCGUGCGAUGGGGUACGACGCGGCGGUGUGCACGACGCAGUGGGACACCUCGCCCACCAUGCCCGAGGGGUCGUACGAGUACAUAGACGUCCUCGUCUCCGCGGAUCCUCUCGCGCGCCCGCCCGCAUCGGCCUCCCCCUGUUCCACCCUCGUCAGUUCUACCUCCCCCGCUCCAGCCUCCCCCUCGCCCACCUUCAACAGAACCACCUCCCCUCGCUCUUCCCUUCCCCCUUGCGCCGCCGCCUCCGUUUCCGCCGACGGCGCUUCCCCCUCCUCCGCUUCUGCCAUCCCCCAGCGCUUCAUCGUCGACCUUGACUUCCGCGCACAGUUCCAGAUCGCACGGCCCACGCGCGAGUACGCGUCCGCGCUCGAAUCCACGCCGUUGAUCUUCAUGGGGCGGCAGGAGCGGCUGGUGCGGCUGGUGGAGGUGGUAUCUAGCGCGAUGAGGGGGGCUUUAAGGGCGCAGGGCAUGCACAUUCCGCCGUGGCGCAAGGGCGAGUAUCUUCACGCCAAGUGGAUGGCUGCGGUUACCCAGAGAGUCGUCACCGCUGACACCGCCAUCGCUGUGAUGGCUGCUCCUGCUGUCGGCCCCUUAUCAGCUUGUGCCUCCCCGCCGGCACCCACUGCUGCUCCAGCUGGAAGCUUCUACGCAACUUCUGCCCCUGGCAUCGCAGGUGCUGCCGGGGCGGCUCAUGCUCUGCGCCAGCAGGCGCAAGAGGCCCGUUUUACCAACGUCAUGGGGGAUGCAGUUCUCUUCCAAGGCCGCUGUGUUCCCACGAGGCGCUUUGCUGCGCUCCACCAGUGUGCGCGAGCAGGGGGGCGGUGA